AUGCCCGCCUCAAGCUCCCAAGAUCCUGCGCAUCCUUCGACCCCUCCACAGUCGAUACCUUUGCGGGACCUUGCGCGACCACCAGGCUCUGUGGGUAUUGGGGAUGGAGAGAGGCGGCAGCAUACCCGUGGAAGUAGUCUCUUGAAUGGCGGCUUCAGGCCAUUGAGCGGAGAAAUCGCUGGGCCCAGAUAUGAGAGACUUGGGAAUACUUCUCCCAGCCCAACGCAAAGGCGGACUCAUGGCAAUAAUUCACAACCCGCGCAGCAGCAAAGAAGGGUGACGGUGGAAGACGAUGUUGAAGUUGAAAAUCCAGGGGAAUUCCAAUCGGCAAUGGGCUUUGCUGGACUUCUGGUACCAGACAUAAGUGUUUCGCAUGCUCCACUAACGCGUACGCUCUCCUAUAGCUCUGGCGAUCACGAACGUCUGGAUAGGAUAUCGCCGUAUGGAGAUGGGAUGGACGAGCACCGACCCUCGUACUAUCCCCCGGAUUCCGACACAAUACCUCUGACGGACCCAACAUCUCUUCAACCAAUGAGUGGCACUCAAUUUUCGACACCUGAAGGGCAACAGCAUGGCAGAUCAAGCUUUCAGAGUGUCACUUUUGAUACUCCAGAAUACACAAGAGGAUCCAGGCUGGGGGACGACUUGCAGGACCCGGAAGCCGGAAUGCGGUCAAGGAGUAGCUAUGGAAAGUCCUUGACUCCGAGCGGAGGGCGAAACAGGUCACGAUCUCCCUCGACUGCUGGGGUCUUACAAACGGCUGGAUCAAUAGUUCGUGCGAUGUCGCAACGUGUUGUCAACCUUGGUGGGGAAGCCGAAGCGAUUGAAUCAAGUGCGCGGAGAGAAGCGUGGAGAGCAACUCGUAAGAUAGCUGCUAGGGAUGGCGCCACCAGCACACCAAAUACACUGGACAGUGCGGGCAGUAUUGCAAGUCUUAGUGAUGAAUCGGAGACGAGAUUCCAGCCGAAACACAAGAAAGAUCCUUUGGCUGCGGGGCCCAAUUACCAGCAAAACCUUCCCACUGCCCCCGUUGAGAAAGCUAUGCGCUUCUUUGGAGGAGCUCAGCCACAGGCGAGUUUCGAACAGGAACCAGAGAAACCCCAAAAUCCGCUAAGGGGCAAGAGCUUGGGAAUCUUUGCCCCAGAGAGCCAAAUUAGGAACAAAUUGGCUGAUGUCCUUGUCUAUCCUCUGACGGAGCCCGCGAUUCUUAUUCUCAUUGUCAUCCAGACCGUCCUCCUAGCAGUUGAAGGCUCCAAAAGUGUUUACAAGCAUCCGCGCCCAGCUCGCUGGGGUAGAUCUUCCAUUGACUAUGCUCUACUUGGCUUGUUCAUCGUCUUCACACUGGAAAUGGCGGCGCGGAUAAUCGUGUCUGGCCUCAUCAUGAACGCCCCGGAGUACAGUACGAGGAAGAACAAGAGCGGGUUCAAGGCUACUAUCAUCGACAAGUAUCAUGCUGUCUUUAGACCGCAACGAACCAUGUCCCUCCGAGUUCCUCGAAAUCCUUCUCUAGAGGGUCGGACAAUAAUUCGUUCUUUUACGGACAUCCAAGGAGAGUCCGUUCGGACAGUGGAACAAGCACAACGUCUACAACUAGCAAGGCGUGCAUUCUUGCGGCACUCAUUUAACAGGCUUGACUUGUUGGCUGUUGUUGCUUACUGGAUCGCGUUCGUUAUGAGUAUAAGCGGUUAUGAAGACUCAUCUCACUUGUACAUCUUCCGAAUGCUCAGUUGCCUCCGAAUUCUGCGAUUGCUAGCUCUUACACACGGUACUGCUAUUAUCCUUCGGAGCUUGAAAAAGGCCACCCCACUACUACUUAAUGUCUCCUUUCUCAUCGGAUUCUUUUGGCUCUUGUUCGCCAUCAUCGGAGUUCAGAGCUUUAAAUCUAGCUUCAACCGACAAUGUGUUUGGAUCGACCCGACAGAUCCUACCAACAGCACCGGCACAGCAUACACCCAGAUUCUGCAAUUCUGUGGUGGUCAUCUCGAUAUCGAAACUGGCGCACCCAUGCCCUACCAAGUUGGUUUUCCUGAUCAGAUCAGGAAUGGCUCUACUUCCUCCAAGGGGUAUCUCUGCCCUCGCGGAUCUUUGUGCCUCGAACUGAGCCCCAAUAAGCUUCCUUACAAUGGCACUGUUAGUUUCGACAACAUUUUCCAGUCAUUGGAAUUGGUCUUUGUUGUCAUGACCGCGAACACGUUCACAGAUCUCAUGUACUACUCCACGGACUCAGACUAUCUGGCCGCCGCUCUCUUUUUUGCAGGAGCCAUCGUGAUUAUGACGCUUUGGCUUCUCAAUUUGCUGAUCGCAGUCAUUACGUCUUCCUUUCAGAUCAUCAGAGAGGAAGGAAGGGCAAGCGCUUUCACAGCUCAGCUUAAGGACAUGCUCCCCUCGGAGAAGGCCGAUACAGCAGAAAGGCACACUGCUUUGAAGAAAUGGUACAACAAAACUCAGCAGAUCUGGAUUAUCGUGAUAAUAUUCGGCCUUCUCUCCCAAUCAGUUCGUACCGCGAAUAUGUCCAACGCCCGUGCCGAGUUCAUCGACGACGCGGAAAUUGUUGUGACCUUCAUCCUGUUGGUGGAGAUUAUCAUUCGCUUUGCUGCUGACUGGCGUGGGUUCUUUCAAGACAAACAAUGUCUCGUCGAUCUCAGUCUAGCAGUUAUCACUACUGUCAUUCUCCUCCCGCCGAUCCGAAAUUCCGGUCAAGCAUACAAUUGGCUUACCCUAUUUCAAAUAUUGCGAGUCUACCGCGUCAUUAUAGCCGUUCCUGUUACCAGAGGUUUAAUUACGCUAGUCCUAGGAAAUUCAAAGGGUAUCGCCAAUCUCAUGCUCUUCGUCUUCUUGCUUACCUUCUUGAUGUCAAUCUUUGCCAUACAGAUGUUCAGGGGGGAAUUGACUCCGACCGAUGCCCAUGGAGACACCAUUCAAAUUACUUUCUUCACUAUCUAUAAUGCGUUCCUCGGCAUGUACCAAGUCUUGUCGAGUGAAAACUGGACAGCGAACCUGUACAAUAUCACCGCAUUCAGCACAGCUCGGAACACCGCUUGGAUGGCCGCUGCCUUCUUCAUUGGAUGGUUCAUUCUCGCAAAUUUCAUUCUGGUGAAUAUGUUUAUAGCAGUCAUCCAGGAGAACUUUGACGUCUCGGAAGAUGAGAAACGGAUGCAUCAGGUCAGGUCAUUCUUGAAUCGGAAAGAAGCUGGCAGCAGCUCUAGUAAUCUGUCACUUUCCGCUCUCUUUCGAUUCGGACGAGCGAGGUCAAAGAAAGAUCCACUGGAUUACGGACCUGCGACUAUGGAAAUGCUGCUCAAGGACGCUGUCGUGAAAGAUUUUCUUGAUGACGAGAUGAUGAACGAGAUGCAGGCUCCUGCUACUGCCACACCUCCUCAAGACGCGACUGCCGUCAAGACUGGAAUGUGGAGCAAGUUCAAAAGCCGAAUUUGGCACCGGGAACCAAACCCUUUCUACUCGGACUUUCAAGUCUCUAAAGGUGUUGAUGAGCAGACCGACGCAAGGACUUUGGCUAAAGAAGCCGUCUCUGCAACUUCUCAGCGCAGGAAAGCACAGCGGGAGUUUCUUGCACGUCACCCAAAUUACAAUAACGCCUUGUUUAUUUUCCGACCUACAAAUCCUAUCCGUCGUCUCUGCCAGAGAAUUGUUGGUCCCGGUCGAGGAAGUGAGCGAUUUGACGGCGUAGAGCCGAACCUACUCGUUUGGUACAUAUUCUCCGCAUUCAUUUACUGUGCCAUUGUUGCGAUGGUUAUACUUGCUUGCGUGACGACGCCACUUUACCAGAAAGAAUUUUUUCAAACCCACACCUUCAACGUGAGGAACUGGUUUGUAUGGACGGACCUGUCAUUUGCGAUUCUGUUCACAGUUGAGGCUUUGAUCAAGGUCAUUGCGGAUGGAUUUUUUUGGACCCCUAAUGCAUUCUUCAGGAGCUCAUGGGGUCUCAUCGAUGGUUUGGUACUCAUCACAUUCUGGAUCAGCGUUAGCACGGCACUUUCCAACGACGGCGCAGUAUCAAGAGCUGUAGGGGCAUUUAAGGCACUCCGGGCUCUGAGGCUGCUCAACGUGAGUGAUAGCGCUCGAAAUACCUUCCACUCCUUGAUCAUCGUCGGGGGUUGGAAGGUCCUCUCGGCUGCGUUUGUCUCUCUGUCUCUGUUGAUACCCUUCGCUCUCUACGGGGUCAACCUCUUCAAUGGCAAAAUGAUGUCGUGUAACGAUGGGUCCGAUUCUAUUAUCAAGCUUACGGACUGUUUUGGCGAAUAUAACAACACACCAUUCAGUAACGACUGGCCCAUCUUGGCACCGCGAGUGGUAUCGAACCCCUUCUACGAUUUUGAUGAUUUUGGAGGCUCGCUCUUCAUCUUGUUCCAAAUUGUGUCUCAAGAGGGUUGGAUGGAUGUGAUGUGGAGUGCAGAGUCGAUUGUUGGCCAUGGACUUCAGCCACGAGACUAUGCAUCCCAAGGCAACGCAAUAUUCUUCGUCAUAUUUAACUUGCUUGCUACAGUCUUCGUUCUGACAGUGUUCAUUUCGGUCUUCAUGCGGAACUACACGGAACAAACGGGCGUGGCAUUCUUGACGGCAGAUCAACGGUCAUGGGUCGAACUCCGAAAGCUUUUGCGGCAUGUACAGCCCUCGAAACGGCCCCCUACGACUGGAGGAAAUGCGCUCAAAGACUGGUGUUACAAGAGAGCAGUGAGAAAGCAUGGUCGGUGGCAACGCGCCAUAACUAUAGUGCUCGUUUUCCACCUCAUACUGAUCUUGGCCGAAUACUACCCUGAGCCUGAGUGGUGGGAUAAGACUAGAACCUACAUUCUGCUAGCGUGCACGAUGUUCUACAUGACAAACAUCAUUGUGCGAAUCAUCGGACUCAGCUGGGCACGGUUCAGACGGAGCUCUUGGGAUUUAUUCUCGAUAUUCGCUGUUUUUGGGACCUUUACGACGACGGUUCUCCUCAUGUCGAGCUUUCAGAGCCAAGUUUACGUACAGAUGCAUAAGAUGUUUCUAGUUUCCGUCGUCUUCCUUCUUAUCCCUCGAAACGAGGCGCUGGACCAAUUGUUCAAAACAGCGGCCGCUAGUGCUCAAUCCAUCGGGAAUCUCCUGGCAACAUGGUUUGUCUUGUUUCUAGUCUUUGCCAUCGCCUUGACACAGACAUUUGGGCUCACAAGAUUCGGUGACAACGAGACCGAUAAUCUCAAUUUCAGAACCGUCCCGAAAGCACUGAUCCUGCUAUUCCGGAUGUCUUGUGGUGAAGGAUGGAAUGCUAUCAUGGAGGAUUUCGCCACAAUCAGACCUCCACUCUGCGUGGACGACCUCAGUUUCUUCAACAGCGAUUGUGGCAGUACGGGUUGGGCCAGAGCUUUAUUCAUCCUUUGGAACAUAUUGAGCAUGUACAUCUUCACGAGUUUGUUCGUCUCGCUCAUCUACGAAAGCUUCAGUUACGUCUACCAACAUUCAAGCGGGCUUGGUAAAGUUAGUCGAGAGGAGAUCCGGCGCUUUAAACAGGCAUGGGCUACCCUGGAUCCCGAAGGAAAGGGAUACAUUUCUAAAGAGCAGUUUCCCAGACUGCUUGGAGAGCUUUCUGGUAUCUUUGAAAUGCGAAUCUACCCGCAGGAACAUUCGGUAGGCAAAAUUCUGGAAGACAUCCGGGGCGAACCGACGGGAGCCAGGCACAUGUCCAUGUCGUCAGGCCCAGCCCUGACCAGCGUCAAUGUGAGGGCUCUGAACAAGAGACUCGCCCAGAUUGACGCGCAGGCUGUCCGGCGAUCACGAGCUCGGUAUAAUCUCUUUUUUGAGGAAGUGAUGAUCUCCGCCGAUGUUGAUAAAGGGAUUUCGUUCACGACUGUGUUGAUGAUCUUGGCACAUUAUAACGUCAUCAGCGACAACAAGAGUUUGAAGCUCGAGGAGUUCUUGCGUCGUCGUGCUCGCCUCCAACGAGUCGAAGAGGAAGUGCGCAGGCGAAUCGUUCUUGGCUUUUUCGAUACCAUGUACUAUUCUAGGAGAUUUCAAAGGCACCUAGAACAGAAGAGAUCAGGCCGCAUGGCUGAUAUUCCACAGCUAGGCCCUGAAGUCUACACUGACGAUACGGACGAUGUCGCCAAGCAAGCAAAAGUAAACGUCUCUCCGAUGCUGUCCCCACUAAAGGCCGUGGACCCUCGAACCUCAUUCAUCACCCACGGCUUAGACGGCGCCGUCGGCACUCGUAGACGAGGAUCUUCUGCAGUUAGUCCAUCGUCACCAACGACUCCAGGAAAGUCUCCCCCUGUGCCGCAUAAUGUCUCUCCUGGGUUAUCGCCACGAAUGUCACGUCACAAACCAACAAAUUCAGCACACAGCAACUUCAGUUUCGAUGGCAACGAACAGCUCGGUGUCGGAAGGCAAGGGCCAACGCCAACAGGGUCUGCGAAUAGCAGUAGACGCGGGAGUGCAGUCAGUGCCGAAAACGUGCUCGACGUGCUUGAUAAUUCGGCGUGGGGGGAGAGUAUCCGGCGCAGUUUCACGAUGAGGAGACCUGGUGAUAGGCCAGGCAGACCGGGCCGAGGAGGGAGCGUCACUUAG